AUGUCUGUAAGGGACAGGCCAACAUUCAAAGAAAAGGACAGCAAGCCGGCUCCCCCAAGACUGUUCUUCACUCAAGAGGAACUAGCAAUGGUUGUACCCGGACACACCGACGGAUUGGUGAUCACUGGAGUACUAGUCAAUUGCCGAGUGAAGAGAAUUUUUAUUGACCACGGAAGUUCAGCUGACAUAAUUCUCUGGGACGCUUUCCAGAGGAUGAACUUGGACGAGAAGGACUUGAAACCAUGCGUCACCGAGCUGGUCGGGUUCAAUGGAGCGGCGUCCCCUCCAAAAGGCUACAUCGACCUAAAGUUGACCUUGGGCACGAAGGACUCGUUCCGAUCUGGAAGGGUUCGUUUCGUUGUGGUUGACACCUCGUCUUCCUACAACGUAAUCAUUGGUCGGCCCACAAUCCAUGAAUGGGAUAUGCUGAUCUCCACGAAACAUCAAGCAUUGAAAAUGCCUGGGAUGAACAACGAGAUCGUCACCAUAAGAGGUGAUCAAGAAGAAUCAAGAAAGUGCUACUACGAGACUCUACGAGUCCAUCAUGGAGGUCAACUUGGUUGA